AUGGUUCGUUAUGGGUUAUUAGUCUUGUCUCCUUCUUGCCUCAGAACUAAAAUACCAGCCCUUCUGAAGCAAGCAUCGAAAGAAGUCAAAGAGGUAUUGUACGUUGACAUUUAUCAACCUGAUUACGUGUGCCUCCAUCUUCGCAAUUUGUACGACCUACUCGUCGAUGUUUACAGCAAAAAUUCCUCGAGAAUUGGCCAUUUGGACGUCCGAUUUCUGCUUCCUUCCGCGUUGGCAAAAACAGACGGUAACCUUGAUGAAGUUAGAUAUCUUGGAAAGAGACCUGAGGUCGCACUUGUGCGAGAUAUUUUCUGUAAAACAGGGCAGUCAAGUUCACAGGUUGGCCUCCUGGAGUUCAAGAAGUGGCUGACCCGACGUUUUCAGUUAUCCGAUUUGGAGAAAAAAGUGAAGUAUUUAAAGGUCGAAGACGAGGCGACGGAUAGUAACUUAAUCAACAAAACUUGUGGGCCAGAAAAUCCACAAAAUGAUGCUUUGCAGACCUACAAUGAGGUCGUUCUUGGGGGAACAUUCGAUCACAUUCACUCUGGCCAUCGAUUACUUCUAGCUGUAGCUUCCUUGCUUUGCGAAGAAAGAAUUACGAUUGGCCUCAGCGAUGGGCCUCUUCUUCAAAGAAAGUUUUUGAAGGAACUAAUCGAGCCUUUCCAAGAGAGGAGGAAGAAAUUGCAGAACUUUUUGAAUGACGUUAAGCCAGGUAUG